UCCCACUUCACCUCUUUAGCACCUCAAACAACAGAAACACCACAUUUGGGCCCCAAAAGUCGAGCGUAUUUUUGUGUUACGCACUAGAAAGCAAGAAAACCCCAUUAAAAGCCGCACCAAACCGAUUGAAGUCCAGUCAAUUGCGCCACAAAACAGCAAGUUUAGUGAGGUUAUGAACACUUGCUUCAUCCAUUGUUUUUAGUCACUACACUUCACCGACAUACAUUUUCCUCAUCUCCAUAUCUACUUUCUAUCGUCACCAAAUUCCCAUUUUCCUAUAUAUCUACAUUUCAACGGAAUUUGUAUGCUUUCUUAGUUACUGCCAAAAUUGCUGUUCUAACUCUCUUCUUAACACAGAACCAAAGCUGGACACUCCUUCCAGUACAAUGUCCAGUAGAUGGUGACAUCUCUCUAAUUGCUACUAGACGAAAAGCCAGCUUGCCUGGGUAACGUAUGCCUUCCCUCAUAAAAUGGUAACUCCUAAGUUGCCCCAAAACCAUACCUCUUACACAUCAAUGGCUAAGCAAAAUUGUAGGAGCAAAAUUUCUUCUAUUUUCUCUGAUGGAUUUCUCUUUGCUGGUGGAAGUAUUGUGGCUUUGCUAGUGGUCUGGGCCUUUUGGUCCUUCAUGAGCACUAGUCCAAACGCCGAACCCAGUUUCUUACCUACUUCCGCCGGCCAGAAGUCCACUUUGGAGACUCCGGUGGACCAGGUUACAAUGGGCUUCAACUUACGGUACGACCCGACCGACCCGACUUUCUAUGACAACCCGAAUUUGAGCUACACUAUGGAGAAGCCGAUUGAGAACUGGGACGAGAAGCGAAGGCAAUGGCUGAACCUGCAUCCAUCUUUCAUCCCCGGAGUAGAGGAACGGAUUCUGAUGGUUACCGGUUCACAGUCGACGCCGUGUAAGAACCCCAUCGGCGACCAUUUGCUGCUGAGGUUCUUCAAGAACAAAGUAGACUACUGCCGAAUCCACGGGUACGAUAUUUUUUACAACAAUAUUUUACUCCAGCCUAAGAUGUGGUCAUUUUGGGCCAAAAUGCCGGCGGUUAAAGCUGCCAUGAUAGCUCAUCCUGAAACUGAGUGGAUCUGGUGGGUCGACUCAGAUGCUGCCUUCACCGACAUGGACUUCAAACUUCCAUUGGAUCGUUACAAAGACCAUAAUUUCGUAGUUCAUGGUUGGGAAAAGUUAAUAUACGAACAACAAAGCUGGACAAGCAUCAAUGCCGGAGUUUUCUUGAUCCGGAACUGUCAAUGGUCGAUGGACUUGAUGGAAGCUUGGGCCAAAAUGGGUCCACAGUCACUGGAGUACGAUAAAUGGGGUGAAAUUUUACGUACCACUUUCAAAGACAAGAUUUUCCAGGAAUCGGAUGAUCAAUCAGGUCUAGCAUAUUUACUGUUGAAGGAAAAGGAAAAAUGGGGUAAUAAAAUAUACGUAGAAGGUCAGUAUUACUUCGAGGGGUAUUGGGUGGAAAUCGUCGGAACAUUAGACAACAUCACCGACAAAUAUUUAGGGAUAGAGAAAGGAGAAGCUAGGUUAAGAAGGAGACACGCAGAGAGGGUGAGUGAGAAUUAUGCUAUGGUGUGGGAAGAACACCUUAAGGAAGCUGGGUAUGGAAGGUACAGUUGGAGAAGACCGUUCAUCACACAUUUCACAGGGUGUCAGCCAUGUAGUGGAGACCACAAUCAGAUGUAUUCUGGUGAGACUUGUUUUGAUGCUAUGCAGAAGGCUUUGAAUUUUGCUGAUAAUCAGGUGCUCAGGAAGUAUGGGUAUAUGCAUAAGGAUCUGCUUGAUUCUUCCUCUGUUUUUCCUGUUCCUUUUAACUUUCCUGCAUAAUAGGUUUCUUACAGUUUUUUCUUUAUUUUAACUUCUAUAUAUACAGAUAUAUGUACUUAUUUUGUAGUCUCUUUUCGUUUUACUUCCUAUUUUUAUGGUGCAAAAUGCAAUGUUAUAAUAUUGAGCUAGUUGUAAUAUGGAGUUUAACUUACAUAGAGUGACCACUUAAAG